AUGGCCUCCAACAACCCACCAGCACCCUCCCCAGAAGGCCCGCCCACAACUUACUUCUGGACCCGCACCGAUCGCUCCACACCCACCCUCUUCCCGCACUUCAGCCAUGACCUCAACACCCUAUCCACGACCUCUAUUAACGCAGCCGCCUUCAUCCCCUCCCCCAGCAUCGGCGUUUCUGACCCCCUCACCUCCCUCAUCACCUCCGAAGAUAUUGCUGAGGCUUACGAAGACAUAUUGUCAGAUGUCGAUGACCCCACGCCCACGCUAGACUUCGACCGAUUUGGCAUACUUUUCGAAUUCGGAGAGAUGUACUUCGUUGUGAUGAAGGAUGCGGCUGCCCGCAGUAUGGGCGUGACUCGCGGAUUUAUAGAAAAGGAACAUGUCGGCGCGCAUCUUGUCGCCGAGUGGGCGUCGCUGCCGAAGGAGCGGGUCGGGAGGUGUGUUGUUGCUAGUGGGACGGGCGGGUGGUGGCAUGUGAGGAGUAAGGUGCUGGAGGAGGUGAGAGAGGAGGUGGCGUCCAGGGUAAAACUGACUGACAGGGCAAUGAUGACUGGGAGGGGGCGAGGGGAGGAAGAGGAGGGUAUUAGGACGAGGUUGAGAGAGGAGGUGGCGGUGGUUGUGGAUCGCGUGUAUCAGAGGAUAGAGAAAGAGGAGGGUGAAGAGAGGAAAGGGGAGGAGGUACAGAUGGGGGAGUGGUUGGAUUGGGAUGUUAGAGGGAAGCAAGAUGUUGAGGAGAGGGUUGGGGAGGAAUAUGCUAUGCAGGAGAACGAUAUUUUAGAGAAUCAAGCUAAUACAGGCGUAGAAGAUGCCAUGGAGUAG